UUGUCAUAUCAUUGAUGUUUAUUUCAGUAAUUUCUAGGUUAGAAAAUAGUAAACAAAUAUAAUACCAGUUCAGUACUUAAGUGCAAUAAAACUUUAGGUAAUAAAAAUGUUAGCGUUACACGAUAUUUGUAAUAAGUUGGAAGAAUAUAAAGCCAGUGUAGCUUCAUCUUUACCAGAAAUUAAGGACUUGGAUGCAGCCUCCAAAUCAUUAUUGCAAAGGUAUAUAAACUCUACGGAGUCAACAGAUCCGUCUUCUCUCAUAAGAAUUCAAGCCAUAAUCGAUUACAUGUACGAAAAAAUAAAUAUUGGCAAUUGGAAGGAGGUAAAACUGUUUAUAAGAAAAUCUAUAACUAUUGCCACAUACUUAAAGUUAUUAGCUCAUGUGAAAUAUUCGGGUGAAGAUUCGGACACGAUAAUAAAGCAGGCGUUCAAGAUAAUAGACUUUGGCAUUCUUUUUGGGUGUCCCUUGGACAAGGAACCACAAUUGUUACAAAAUUGUGCAAGUAUUUUAAGUUCUGUCAAUGUUCAACAAAGCACAAAGGUUUUCAAGGACUCGCCUAAAAGAGACAGUCAUAUAACCAACAACACUACAAUUGAAGCUAGCAAAUUCAAUGCUACACCUAUAGAAAUUAUAGACUGCCCAAGUAUGGAACAUUUUUAUAAAAACUAUAUUUUAUUGGAAAAACCUGUCAUCCUGGACAACUGUGUCAAUCACUGGCCAGCAUUAGAAAAGUGGAAAGAUCAAAAUUAUUUCAUAAAUCUUGCCGGACCACGAACAGUUUCAAUUGAAAUUGGAAGCAAGUACACAGAUACAGACUGGACACAAAAACUAAUAACAAUAGAAGAGUUUGUAAAGCAGUAUAUUUAUCAAACUGAAGGGCCGACCGGUUACCUUGCACAGUACCAAUUGUUUGACCAAAUACCUGAGUUGAAGAAUGAUAUCAGUGAGCCUGAAUACUGCUGUUUUUCUGACAGUAAUGUCCCUGUGGAUGUCAUGGCUUGGUAUGGUCCCAAAGGCACAGUUUCACCACUGCACCAUGACCCAAAGAGAAACUUGCUCACUCAAGUUGUUGGUGAGAAACAGUUAUUCUUAUUUGCACCAUCAGAUUCUGAGUAUUUGUACCCACAUGAGCAUGAGUUAUUGAACAACACAGCACAAGUAGAUCCAAGGCAGCCAGACUUAGAUAAAUAUCCUAAAUAUAAAGGUGCUAAACCCUAUUACUGUGUACUGAAACCUGGACAAAUGCUGUAUAUACCACCAAAAUGGUGGCAUUUCGUUGAGUCGCUGUCCAUUAGCUUUUCAGUAAGCUUUUGGUGGGAAUGAGCAUAAUGUACAAACUUAUUAUUUAUGUGUGGUGCUAGUUUGGCUUCUUUUCAAAUGUCUGACUUUCAAACUAUUGUGAAAAGAAAAAUUAUACUGAUAGAUUGUUAAACUUUCCACAGAAAAGCAUUUUCACAACCAUUAUUCACAUUUUUAUUUUAGUCACCUAGAACAUUAGCACUAAUUAGACAAGUCUUUGAUUUAUGAAGUAAUUUGGCAGCUAAUUGAAUAACAAUUAUCACAACCCAAUAUGCAUAAUUAUUAGAGUAAGCAAUAAAAUACAAAUAAAUAAGAUAAAAAAUGGCUUUUUUAGAAACUUUAAUAAAUAACUGGAAUCAUUAUAACAUA